GCGCUUGCCGUAGAAAACACGGAAAAGCCAUGAACAUGAUGUUAGCAUGUUAGCUUACUAGCCGUUUUGGGCUUUGUAUUACUAUGGGGAUAUGUUUGGUUUAAAGUCGUAUUUUUUCUCUUGAUGGCGAGGAUGCAGUGGGGAUGUGGCUAAAUAAUGGGAAACGUUUUUGGGAGAAAGGGUCGACCCUCGCGUGUAACGGAACAGGACAAAGCUGUUUUGCAAUUGAAACAGCAGAGAGAUAAAUUAAAGCAGUACCAAAAGAGAAUCACACUACAGCUGGAGAAGGAGAGACUCCUGGCAAAGCAGCUGUUAAAAGAUGGGAAAAAAGAAAAGGCACUGCUGCUUCUUAAGAAGAAGCGAUAUCAGGAUCAGCUACUAGACAAGACUGAAAAUCAGAUUUCCAACUUGGAGCGCAUGGUCCAAGAUAUUGAGUUCAUGCAAAUUGAGAUGAAAGUCAUCGAAGGGCUUAAGGUUGGCAAUGAUUGUCUGAAGCGUAUGCAUGAGAUAAUGUCAAUAGAAGAUGUGGAGAGAAUAUUGGAUGAGACACAGGAAUCCAUUGAAUAUCAAAGGCAAAUAGAUGAAAUGUUGGCCGGAGCUCUGACCCAGGAGGAUGAGGAUGAUGUUUUAGCAGAACUGGAGGCUAUCACUCAGGGAGAAGAUGUAGCACUUCCAGAGGUCCCAACUGAACCACUCCCAGAAGUCCCGGAGGCAGCUGAGGCUGAACCAGAGAGAAGAAAAGCGAAGAACAAGCCAGACAGAGAAAUGCUGGCAGCUUAACAGACUGGAUUUGUGCUUGAUAUCCUGACGCUGAGUUCCCAGUACUUGUAGUAAGCUGUCUCUGUACAGAUGGAUAUUCUGUUAUUUCCACUAUUUGAUUCUCAGUUGUUCCUGGGUGAAGCUGGGACCUGCAGACUGUCUUUGUCUCGGGUAUUUUUAUCGACUCUGUGAACCUGGACCAGCGCUCUGUCUGUACUUUGACUCGUCCGUCUUCUGGACUAAUGGCUUAAAUGAAGUAACUCAUUCUGUUCCUCUGUGUCUGACUUGAAUUAACAAAAGCAAUGUCACAUUGUAACUGCUCUGGUUCUGGUGGAACUGACUGACAGGACGGAUUUUUAGAUGUUUUACACACAUAAUUCAGUUGUUUUACAUAUUAAAUAGAGCUGUGGCAACAA